CCACGACUCAAGAAAGCGACUCAAGAGCUCAAGGGAGACAGGGAGACGGCGACAUCGUCCUGCAGCUCGGCCUCAAUAGACGCAGGGGAUCGUCGCGUCGUCCAUCCUAUCAUGUUCAAGCCGAGCACCCGCAUUGUCGGCGAGCUCAAGAAAGUCGACGUGUGGUCUCUCAUCAAUGAAGCUGCAGCAGCAUGCUCAAUCCCUGUCAUUAACCUCGGCCAGGGCUUCAUGAACUUCAUCCCGCCAGCCUACAUACGCCAAGCAGCAAAAGAUGCCCUUGAUCAGAUUCCAACAAAUCAAUACUCGCCUACACGGGGCAGGCCAAGGCUCAAGACUGCUAUUGCCAAGGCAUACUCGCCAUUGUUGGGCCGCACGCUUAACCCAGACACAGAGGUUCUCAUCACAGCUGGUGCGAAUGAAGGCUUCUAUUCCGCUUUUGCUGGACUGCUUGAUCAGGGGGAUGAGGUGAUCGUCAUGGAACCUUACUUUGACCAGUACAUCAGCAAUAUUGAAUUCAACGGUGGCGUGUGCAAGUAUGUGGCCAUCCAUCCGCCUACAGAAGGUACAACCAAAACGGUCGGGGCCGGUAAAUGGACCCUCGACAUGAAGGAACUCGAGGCUGCCAUCACCUCGCGCACAAAGAUGAUCAUCUGCAACUCGCCACACAAUCCAAUCGGCAAAAUCUUCAACAACGACGAGCUCAAAGCUAUUGGCGAGCUAUGUGUAAAGCACAAUCUCAUCAUCAUCAGUGAUGAAGUGUACGACCGACUAGAUGCCUAUCACUCGCUGAGUCAGAUACGCAUUGCCUCACUGUCGAAAGACCUCGCUAGUCGCACCAUCACCGUCGGCAGUGCUGGCAAGACUUUUGGCUGUACAGGCUGGCGCGUCGGCUGGUUGAUUGCUUGUCCAGAGCUCAUCAAUUACUGUGCUGCAGCCCAUACGCGUAUUUGCUUCGUGGCGAAUUCGCCAUUGCAAGAGGCAACUGCUGUCGCCUUUGAGCGUGCCGAUGAGCACAAGUACUAUGAGACCACUAGAAAGGAGUAUCUCGAGCGAAUGGAUGUUUUGACGGGCAUCUUUGAUGAGAUUGGGCUGCCUUACACUGUGCCGGAUGGCAGCUACUUUUUGCUUGUCAACUUUAGCAAAGUCAAGAUUCCACCACAAGAACUGGCGCAGGUCCCUGAGCACGUCAGAGAACGAGGCAAGGACUUUGGUGCAUGCUACUGGCUGCUAUCCAAUAUUGGCGUUGUCUCUGUGCCACCAACAGAGUUUUACACCAAAGCGCAUGCUCAUGAGGCUGAAGACUACCUGCGUUUUGCCUUUUGCAAGGACGUGGACACACUCAAGGAAGCUGGCAAGAAGUUGAUGAAGCUCAAGAAAUACAUACAAUAGAGAGAAGAGAAGGCUAUCGCUAUCAGUGUU